CCAAGUUUUGGGUAAAGCAUGCUUCUCGAGUUUACUUCAUAGUUGAUGACCACACUAUGCUAACUCAUGUCUCUCUCACAAUUAUUCUUAUGCAUGAUUGCAGACCCAUUAUAAGGUGCCUGAUGAUAUGGUUGAGCUAGGGAAGGCGGUACUGACUAGGGCUUGUCAGAGGUUGACAAGGCAACAGUGGUACAAUCAGAAGCAUACCUGCAUCGGGCACUUCAAGGCUGAGCAGGGCACGAGGGUCAAGAAAGCUGACAAUAUCAGGGACGAUCCUCAGAUGACAAAGGAAGAUUACUUCAAGGUUAUGCCCCUAUGGUGCGAGAAUAAGGAAGACGCAUUUGAGGCCUUGGUAGCGAGGUGGGUUGGCGAAGACGCCGACUUCAACGCCAAGAGCGCGCGCAACAAGGCAAACCGGGGCCUGGAGGAACACACGGUACAUAUAUACAUGGAACAACUUGCAUUUAUUUCCCCUCAUAUUACUACUUGA